AUGACACCUGCUGACAUUUUUUCUCCAUUUCAUACAGAAAACAGGACUAUUCCUGCUAACACUUAUCAUUUUAACAGAGAUUUUACAAUGAAGGGCAAGAUUGACUUACAAUCUUCCUCAAAAUUAUCUGAGGAGGAAGAAGGUGAUUAUGAAACUGUAAGUACUUCCACUCUGGAGGCCAUCCAUGCUUUGAGAAUCCUUCCUGCCAAACCUCUCCAAGAAUCCGAAUACGCAGAUAAACGUUGUUUAAGGCCUUCAGGUACCACUUCCCCAAAGAACAACCAGCACCUAUCUCAGCCCCCUCAAUACUCAGCUAAACACACGCCUGCUCUGGAGGGGAGGAGCAUGCCAAGUGUUCGAGGAGAAAGAAUGAAUAUACAUGGAUCCCAGGAGCCUGUGCCUCCCCCACGGCCUCUGAAGACAUUGCCAAAGCAGUAUCAGCCACUUCCUCCAGAGCCAAAGAUAAGCAGCAAGUUCUCCCACACAACGAAAACGCUCAGCCAAGCUCAUACCUUUCCAGUAUCAGCAAAAGUCACAAGACAUCUAUCUGUUAAGGAAGUAAACGAAGCACCUGGAAGAGAACAAGCUACAGAUUUGGGGAAGAAACCUGAAGUAUCUUUUCAAGCACAACAGUAUAAACCAAAGCAUCAUCCUGAAGCCAGCUUUCAAUGUACCAGGAGCUCUAAAAGCAUUUGCAGCUCAGGGUCCACGUUAAACGUAGAGAAUUUGUCAGUGAAGAGGUCACCAUCUCCUACACCGUACGCAGCAAGCAAGAAUAAAUUAAAACAUUCUCUUGUAAAACAGGAAACACAAUCUCUUACACAACCCACUGAAAAGGAUUUAAACAAGUACGAAUGGUACGUGGGAGACUAUGAUCGCCAUGAAGCAGAGAAGGCACUAUUACAGGAAAACACUGAUGAGACAUUCUUGGUUAGAGAUUCUUCAAGGAAAUCAAACACUGAGCCGUAUGUUUUGGUUGUCUAUUAUGGAAGAAGAGUAUAUAACAUUAAAGUACGUUUUCUGGAGGAGAGCCAACAAUAUGCACUGGGAACAGGGCUUAGAGGAGAUGAUAAAUUUAAUUCCGUGAAAGAGAUUAUUGACUUCUACAAAUACGUUCCCAUCACACUCCUUGAUGGAAAGGAUAAGUCAGGAAUCCACAGAGAACAAUGCUACCUUACAUAUCCAUUCAAGUCACACAAAAGAUGUUUUCUGCCAUAA